AUGGUAGCGUUUUUGUUGUGUAUUGCGGAUAUUUUUACUGGUGUUGGUAUCAUUAUUAGCAUUAGCAUUAAUAUUGGUAUUGGUAUUAUUAUUAUUAUUGGAAUUAUUAUUAUUAUUAUUAUUAUUAAUGUUGUUAAUGAUACGGUUGUUAUUCUUGAUAUUACCGUUUUGAUUCGGCCGUUACUGUCCUUGUCAACAACAGAUGAUGAGAUUGAAAAAGAGAUGGCAAAUUUAAAUGACAGAGAUGGAGAGGAUGGUGAUCAAACAACAAACGAAGUAGAACCUGAUGAAAACGAAUGGAAAAGAUUUAUUGACGAAAUGAAGUAUUCCAAAGCAUUAGAAUAUGUUUUACAGAAUGCUCCUGUGCGGUCAAAACAUCCUGAAAAGAAGAAAAAAGCUGCUCAUAUGGCAUUAUCAACAAUGAUGAAAAUAAAACAACAAGAGAUUUCUGAUGUAAUUAAUUCAAUUCCGCCAUCUCUUCGGGAUACACUGAUGAAAUAUGUUUACAGAGGAUUUGAAAGUCCAAAAGAUUAUGCAAGCAGUUCGUUAUUAGUGUGGCAUGAAAAAGUUUUGGCUGCAACUGGUCUAGGUACUAUUAUGGCAUGGUAUCAAAAAGUAAUAACAUUAACAUCAAGAAAACGAGGUUUUCAUCUAAUAACAGAUGAAAUUUUACAACACGUACCGGAAAUAAAAAAUAUUGAAAUUGGAUUAAUGAACUGUUUUAUUCAACAUACUUCAGCUAGUCUAACCGUAAAUGAAAAUGCAGCACCAGAUGUACGGAAGGAUUUAGAAACAAUUUUUAAUCGAUUAGUUCCAGAAGACUCGUCGUAUGCACAUACGGAUGAGGGAGAUGAUGAUAUGCCAGCACACGGAAAAUGUGCCUUGAUUGGACCAAGUAUCAGUAUACCCAUUACAAACGGGAAACUCGCAUUUGGUACAUGGCAAGGAAUUUAUCUAUGUGAGCAUAGAAAUCAUAACUUCGAUUGGCCAUUUCAUGAACAAGUGCGUAUUCUCAAACCGAAUAAUCAAAUUAAAGAAUUACAUACACUUUUACGUGAUCGUACAACAUCAAGAAGUGAUUUUAAAUUUUAUGCUGAUCGUCUGAUACGUUUAGUAGUUGAAGAAGGAUUAAAUCAAUUGCCAUAUGUUGAAGAAGUAUUUUCAUUCAUAGGACAUUAUUUUAAUGGAGUUAGACAUGAAAAAGGAACAUUGUGUGUAUCAUUAAUGAGAAGUGGCGAAGCAAUGGAAAAAGGAAUUCGAGAGUGUUGCAGAUCAAUUCGUAUCGGAAAAAUAUUAGUGAAUACCGAUGAAAAUGUUAGUAAAGUGAUAUAUGCAAAAUUACCACCCGAUGUACAUCAGAGACGUGUAUUAGUUGCCUAUCCAUGUGUGACUACUGGUCAAACAGUGAUUACUGGCUUGAAUGUUCUAUUAAAAGAUUAUUCAUGUAGUCAAUCGAAUAUAAUAUUGUUGAUAUUAUUUUCAACACCAGACGGUUUAAAACGUAUAUGUGAUCUAUUUCCAGACAUUAACAUUGUUGUAUCAGAGAUAAAUCCUAUAGCACCGAAUCACUUUGGACAAAAAUAUUUUGGUACAGAUUAA